AUGCGAAGUAGUAUGCAUACUUCGAGGGCGAGUCUGGUAGAGUUGGCCGCGUCGGUAGAGGCGGAUUUGAGUGGCCAGUUGGUUCGGUGGCUGUGCGGGUCUGCUCCAGCUAUCCUACCUCGGAGUCAGCAGCAGCAGCGCAGAGGAGGCGCGAGUUUCAGUUCUGGUUCUGGCAGGGGCGGUUUGCCUGCGCAGGGCCAGAAGAGGAGUCGAGAUGAGAGCUCUGGAGGUAGUCAGGGUACUCGAGGUGCUUGUUACCGUUGUGGGAGUACAGAGCACCGUAUGGCGAGCUGUCCUAGGAGGGAGGGGGUUCAGGAUGCGAGGGUGUGUUAUCAUUGCAGGCAGCCGGGUCAUCUCAGACCGGCGUGUCCCCAGUUGCAGAGGAUGGGUGGCAGCGAUUCAGCCGGUAGCGGCUCAGCCGGUGAGUCAGAUUGGCGGUGCAGCCAGCGGGUCAGAGUGGAUCAGCACCGCGGGGCUAUUUUUCAGUGGAGACCGGCGGGACCAGUCAGGCCGGGCAGAUCACAGUCUUGUGGAGGUUCUCAACGCAAUUGA